CACUUCAUCUAUUUUGCUCCGGCUACGCACUUGGGUAGACAUUUUUCUGUCCUCUCAAAGUGAUAUCAUGACUCAUCCCUGCUGGGUUAUUAAGAUGAUUAUUCUCAGUCUGAGUCUGUUGAAUAGUAGCCUCGCCGGUCCUCCCCGUCCCGCUUCUACAUCCAAGUUCAAAGUGUCACAAUUCUCCAAAGGACAGCACUCAGGACUCAAGAGGCCGUGCUCUAUACAAACAGAUGAAAGUGAAACCCAACUGAUAAGAGGGAACUCGUCUGAUACACUACGCUUGGAUUUCAACACUCCACUAUCCGGAGGCUCCAGCUGAAUCAGCUAAGGUUGCCCAAAAAAUAUUUUACCGCGCCUGGAAGGAGAUUAAUCCGGAUAAAACUCUGCGGCAAAUCAUCAAGCAAAUGUUCGCUUCAGAUGAUAAUUUCAU